AUGCCUAGCGCGGAGCUUGAACACGCGGGGAUAGGGGAGCUGCGCGCGCAUGAAGGGGUGGCUGAAGAGCCAGGAGGGGACGCGGGAGCCGCGGAAACGUCACUUGCGGAAGCAGGGGAUGCGGAAAUGGUCGGAUCUGGAGCAGGAAGGAGUGUGGCCGAGGGGCAAAGGGCGGACGAGGCGCGUUUAGCAGCAGAGGAACGGGGAGAGAGGGGAGUGAGAGAAGCAGAGAAGUUGGAUGGGAGGGAGAGGAGGGAGAUUGAGGGGUUGGGGGGUCUUAGUCCGAGCUCCUUCGCUUCUACCCCUGGUGUACAGUCACGCGGCGUACAGUCACAUCCCACGGACUCCCCCUCUCCUCAGCCCCGUAUUCCUCAUUCACACACUCACCCCUCGAUCCGCUCUUUUGCUCCCCCAGACUCUCCUUUUGGGGAAUCCCCAACUCCGUCCUCUGAACCGCUUGUGCCGCACUCACACCCGCACCCGUCGCAUCCCCCUUUCCUGCAGCCAGACUCGCCCUCCUCCCCCCAACCGCCCGUGCCACAUUCGCACACUCACCCGUCGCGCGCACACCCGUCGCGCGCACACCCCGAAUCCCUGCAGUCCCGAUCUCACCACCCCCAAUCCGUGCACUCUCAAUCCCUGCAGUCCCAAUCCCAUCACACCCAAGCCUCUCGUUCCCAGUCGUCUCAUUCACUACCAGAUGCCGCUGUUCCCACCUCCUCCCCCCCUCCUGAUACCGCCACUCCUAGAAGCCCCCCUUCCGUCUCCCCCGUCCCUCCAAGCCGCCACUCCACCCCUUCCUCUCGCCACCCCCGUUACAAUCCCUCUCUGGACCCCGCUCCCCCGCGCCCGCACUCCCCCGUUAUAGGAACGUUCUCCUGGGGCGCGACUUAUAGCGGGUUUCGCCCCCCAAUUGCGCCCUCUAGGUCCGCGCGCACCCCCCCGUCCGCGCUGGGGGGGGGAGAUGCGGGGAGAGGAGGAGAGGGGGGAAGAGGCGAGGGUAGAAGGUCAGGUUCUAAGGGAGCGGUUAGUCUGAGCGAUAGGAUCAGGGGGAAGAAAGAAGCAAGAAGAGGGGGAGGAGCAGGAGAUAGGGACCCGGCAGGUGAAGGGGAUGAGGAAAUUGAAGGGGAAACCCGCGCACAAGCCCCGUAUUUAUCAAUUCCCGGGGAGGAUGGCGAGGAGGGGAAUCCACCCUGGAAAUCAGGCGCGGCCGAACCUGAGCUCACGCCCCGGUCCAACUCCCUCCCAAACGCCUGCUCCCCGUUCUCCCUGCUCCUCCCUUCGGAUAUCAACAGCCCGAAAUGGGCCGGCAGAGGAACCGGCAGCGGCAGAGGGCUGGGGAGUGGGUUAGGAGGAGUUGGGAGCGGUAGCAGCAGGCAGAGCUGCCAAAGCCAGUCUAGAUACAGCCGGGGGCAGGGGCAAGCUCAGGGGGACGAACUUCUUGGGGUUGGGGAUAGCCCGGCCUGCUACAGCCCGGGCGGCAGCACCCGCCGCCCUGCUACAGCCGGGCCGCUGGGGGAAGCAGCAGAGUCUGCUACAGCCGGGGGGUCUGUAGCAGGGACGCCUGUGGCGGGUACCCCCACUGCCCGCACGCCCACGUUUGGGAGGAGGCUGAGGAGGCAGAGGGGGCCGUCUUUUGGCGGGUCUUCAGAGCUGCUGGGGCUUAUGGGGAAAGGGGCGAUCAAGGGGCUUGCUGCGGGUUUGAAGAGUGUGCAGAGGUGGAGAGAAGGGGGGAGUGGAACGGGGAGUGAUGUGGAGUGGGAGGGGGAGGGGGGGUGGGGUGGGGAGGGUUUUGAUUCGCCGAGAACGGGGGAGAGUGGAAAAGGGGGAGGGGGGGAGGGAGGAGAGGCGGGGACUGGUGGUGCUGCGGGUGCUCUUGCUGCUGGCGGUAGCGGGAGCAGCAGGUCAGGUAGGAGGUCCCUUCUGUCGAGCUUUCUAUCAGACUCAUCAGACAAAGACAAGGACAGGGAGAGGCCUGGGUCCGCGUCUAAGAGGAGUCGUCUCCGAAGCAGCAGCUUCGGCUCGUUACCCUCCCCCGGGGGUGCUGGUGCGGGCGCAGGCUCGGGUGGUGGUUCGGGUGCAGGUGGCGGUGCUUCGGGUGGUGGUGCUGCCGGUGGUGGUGUGAGCAGAAGCAGCUUUGGUUCUAGUUCCAACGGGGAGGAGGACGGGGAGGAUUCAGAAGACUUGGUACAGGAGGGAAAGCUAUGGGAGCAGCUAGAGGAGAAAUACCAGGAGCCUCUCUCUGCUGAAGCUGCUGCCGCUGCCGCUGCAGCAGCCGCCGCUUCUGCUGCCUCUCCUGGCGCUGCUGCUGGUGGUUUCGGUGGUGCUACCCCUAAUGCACCGUCCCCAAGUGGCGCCUCCCCCUCUCUCGCCAUGGCUCUCACCCGAAGCAUGUCUCUGUCCCGCAAUAAAGCCCUUUCCAGAGGUAUGUCUAUGGUUGCCAGUCGUAGCAGCAGCAGGGAGGCGGCGGAUGAAGGGGAGACGGGUAGCGGCAGUGGGGGGAGAGACGGCGAAGGGGAGAAGCUGGGGGGGAGAGGUAGGCAGGGGCGGGCGGCUGGGCGGGCGGCUUUGCCUAGGCCGAAAAAGAAAAGGUGGAUGAGGAGGGAUGUGAUAAAGGAGGAGACGAAGGAGGAGAUUGAGGAGGAGAGGGAGGAGACGGAGGAGAAGCAGCAGGGUGGGUUUGUGGAGGCAGGAGAGGGGCAGGGGGCGGAAAAGGAGGGUGUACAGGUAGGGAGCGGGGAUGCUGAGGAGGAGAGGAGGAAUGAGGAGGUGAGGAGGAUUCUGCGUAGCUUGGCAGGUGGGGAGGGAGGAGGAGCAGAAGGAGGAGGGGGAGGAGGAGUGGGAGGGGGAGGAGGGGAGGAAGAGGAGGAGAAACGGCCUUCUCUAGCUGUGAUGUUUCAGCGGUCUAUAAGCCUGAGGCUUGCACCUGGGGAGAGGCUAGGAGGGGGAGGGGGAGGGGGAGGAGGAGUAGGAGGAGGUGGAGGGAGACGGGAUGGUGGCGGGGAGAAGUUAGGGGUUAUGGAUGCUUUUAGAAGGCAGGUCACGCUGAGAAGCAGGCCUGAACGGGUUGAGGAAGAGGAAGCCGGUGGAGAGCGGUUGGGAGGGAUGGAGCUGAGAAAGCAGGUGACGUGGAGAGGGGACGGGAGGAGAGGCGAGGGGAGGAAGGGAGUGUUAGGGUUCAGGAGUCUUGCUGCUGCGGUUGCGGCUCUGGUGGGGGUGGGAGGGCGUGAGGUGAAACACGGGAGUGGGGAGGGACAGGGGGAGGAGGGUAAGGGGAGUGGGGAGGGUAGGGCCGGGGAGGGUCAGGGAGAGGAGAGUGAGGGUGAGGAGGGGCGGAAGGAUGGGGAGGAGAGUAGUGAUGAUGGGGAGAGGGAGACAGUGGGGGAGGAGGAAGGAAAGGAAGGGGAGAGAGGGGAGGAAGUGAAGGGGGAAGGGGUCAAGGAGGAUGUAAAUGAGGAAGGUAAGAUGGACGAGGGUGCUGGUGCUGGUGCUGCUGGUGCUGGUGCUGGUGGGGUGGGGGAUUUGGGAGGAGGAGAAAGAAAGUCAGAAGUUUUAAUUGAAUCAGGAAACGAGCUUUCAGCCAGAAGAGCAGCGGCAGGAGAAGCAACAGCAGCAGCAGCAGCAGCAGCAGCAGCAGCAGCAGCAGCAGCAGCAGCAGCAGCAGCAGCAGCAGCAGCAGCAGCAGCAGCAGCAGCAGCAGCAGCAGCAGCAGCAGCAGCAGCAGCAGCAGCAGCAGCAGCAGCAGCAGCAGCAGCAGCAGCAGCAGCAGCAGCAGCAGCAGCAGCAGCAGCAGCAGCAGCAGCAGCAGCAGCAGCAGCAGCAGCAGCAGCAGCAGCAGCAGCAGCAGCAGCAGCAGCAGCAGCAGCAGCAGCAGCAGCAGCAGCAGCAGCAGCAGCAGCAGCAGCAGCAGCAGCAGCAGCAGCAGCAGCAGCAGCAGCAGCAGCAGCAGCAGCAGCAGCAGCAGCAGCAGCAGCAGCAGCAGCAGCAGCAGCAGCAGCAGGAGCAGGGCAGGGGCAGGGGCAGGAACAGCAGCAGCAGGAGAAGCAGGAAGAGGGAAAAUCGGAGAAUCAGCCCCAAACGGAGGAGAAUCAACAGCAGCAGCGGGGUGGCGGGGAGGGAUCGGAGGGGAAGCAGCAGGCUUCAGGGAGGGCACAGAGGCUGCUGGUAAGGCACCAAUCUCUAAGCAACAAGGCACUAGACGCUGCGAAUCAGAGUAUGGGUGUGGAUUUGGGUUUGACAGGGCGUGAUGAUGCUGCUGCUGCCACCAGCAGCAGCAGCAAUACCCCUGCGAACAACAGUGGCAACGGUGCUGGUGGGUUUGGUGGCAACCUGCCUUUGCUACGGACGAGUACAGAGAGAAUCGUUCGGUCGACCCGCAGUUUGGCUGUUAAGAAGUAUUUAUCCCCAUCUUCCUCGCUGGUUCGACGGGCAGGAGCAGCAGGGGGGGCAGAGGGAGCAGCAGAGAGAGCAGGGGCGGGAGCGGGGGGAGGGGAGGGAUCGGGAGGAGAGGUGGGUGGGACGGGAGAGGAGGGUGAGUGUGAGGGUGGUGUGGCGGGGGUGGUUAGGGCGCGGCCUGGGGGGGGCGCGGCAGGAGUGUCGUUUUACUCGUUUGACCGGCAUCGAAUGGGGUUGGCGGCGAUGGAAGCGAAGAAGAGGGGGUGGAGAGGGGCGGAGAGGAUUGGGGCGGAUAGAUUAAGGGUGGUUGGAGGGGGGGGGGCUGAGGUAUGGGGAGCGGAGGGAGGGGCGGAAACGUGGAGAGUGGAGGGAGGGGCGGAGGUGUGGGGGGUAGGAGCAGAGGCGAGUGAAAGAGGUGAGAGGUGGGUCGGAGAAACGGAGUAUACGCAACCGCAUGAGAGGUGGGUGGGGCCUGAGGAUGGGUAUGAGGGUGAAAGGCAGGACUUGGGGACUCAGACGUUGGAUUAUGGGGAGGUUCAUGCAGAGCAGUAUGAGGAGCAGUAUGGGGAGGGAUAUGGAGAGCAGUAUGGGGAGCAGUAUGGGGA